CGCGAUCACAAGAAGAUGCACGCCGCCGCCGCCGUGCUGAGGGUCGCUGUGGUAGGCCUGCUGGUGCUAGUCCUAGCCCACCCGCCUCUCGCCGCCGCGCUUCGCCCCCUCAGGGAGCGUGUCGCGUCCGCCGGAGCCGCCGCCUCCACCGGAUCCUGGGCCGAUGAGCAUGCCUUCUUCAAGAGGGAUGACAAUGACGUGAGUCCGUAUUCAUGGAAUAUUACAGGAACAUAUAAAGGAACUUGGACCUUUGCUGCUGCCACAAAUGGUUCCUCUAGAUUUCUUGAGUUCGUGACAUCUAAGGGUGACUCCGUCUUGGAAUUAUUGAGCACACCAACAAAGAUAAGUGGGGUACACUAUGUUCAGGGAACAAUCACAUUCCAUGAUGUUAUUGAUAAUGCUCAUGAUCGUGGGCCUGCUCAAAUAAGAUUAGAAGGCGUGUAUAUAUGGCCUUUUAGGCAACUCCGUAUGGUCGCAAACAGUGGCGCAGACGGUGAACCACUUCAAGAAGAGGAUUACUUUUUGUCAAAUCCGUACCAUUUGCUAAGGAUUUUCUCCUCUCAAGUGUUCCAAGAUUCUUCUGAAGAGAAGAACCGAAGGAAGAAUUCUCUCACAUAUGACAUGGAGAAACAUUGUAACAUAGAAAUUGCCGCUAAGGUGGUCCAGGUGUCGUCUAACCAAAAUGAAGGAGAGCAUGAGAAGUACCGUUUGGAGGGCUUGAUGGAAAGUCCUGCAGUGGAUGAUGAUGGAGAGUGCUUCUCAUCUCUCUUACUAAAUGCAACAUCAUUGAAUGUUGAAGCUUACUACAACAAAGCAGUGAAUUAUACACUGAUGGUCACUUUCAUCUCGUUUCUCCAAGUUUUGCUGCUUAUUAGACAAAUGGAACAUAGCAACACUCAAUCUGGAGCUGCUAAGGUUUCUAUUCUUAUGAUUGGGCAACAAGCUAUCAUGGAUGCAUAUCUUUGUCUACUGCAUUUGACUGCUGGGAUAUUGGUUGAGUCUCUAUUCAAUGCCUUUGCAACAGCUGCCUUCUUCAAAUUCGUUGUUUUUUCUAUUUUUGAGAUGAGGUAUCUCCUUGCUAUAUGGAAAGCAAGUAGACCGCUGAACAGUGGAGAAGGUUGGGAAGUAAUGAGGCGAGAACUGUCUGUUCUUUACAGCCGCUUUUAUGGCAUUCUUCUGGGAGGAAUCCUUCUCAUGUAUGAAUUGCACAAUUUCUUACGGCCACUUCUGUUCCUGAUGUACUCCUUUUGGAUUCCUCAAAUUGUCACGAAUGUCAUCCGGGAUACAAGAAAACCCCUGCACCCUCAGUAUAUUUUAGGCAUGACUGCUACCCGGGUUGCCAUCCCGCUAUAUAUAUUUGGUUGCCCUAGCAACUUCAUGCGCAUUGAGCCCGAUAAGAAAUGGUGCAUCGCUGUGACAGUAUUCAUGGGUAUCCAAGCAGCAGUGCUCCUGCUACAGCAUUAUCUUGGUUCUCGAUGCUUCAUUCCUCGCCAGAUCCUCCCUGAGAAAUACUGCUACCACAGAAAGGUUGAGGAUAACGCAAAUCAGCCGAUUGAUUGUGUUAUUUGCAUGACUACAAUUGAUCUUACCCAAAGGACAAGUGAAUACAUGGUGGCACCUUGCGAGCAUAUAUUCCACUCUGGAUGUUUACAGCGCUGGAUGGACAUCAAGAUGGAGUGCCCAACUUGCAGGCGCUCUCUGCCGCCAGCCUAGAGGAGCAAUCCUUUGUACAAUAUAUAGUUAACAAGUAGGUAGCCCAGCUUAUACAAGGUAUUGCAACCUUUACAUCGCUUGUUGCUUCCCCUAUCCAGAAAAGCAGGUUUGUAUCCCACAAUUCACUGUCCCGUGCUUUCCUAUAGGUGGGAAUUGAGGUGCAAUAAGACAAGGCUGCAAUCGUGAUCCAUUUCUCAAAGAUAACUGUAGAAAUUUGUGCUUUCAGUUUCAGGUCUUUGUUGUAAAAAAUCUUGUACCAAGUAUUGCACGGAGAAAUCUUCCUUAGGCCUGCAUCUCA